AUGUUAAAUAAAUUAAAAAAUUCAUACAACUUAUUGCAAGAUAGUUAUAUCAAGCUAUGUAUAAAUUUACAAAAGACUCAUUUAGAUUUUGUGGAAUUUAUAAACUUGGAUGAAUUAAAAAAAAAAUUAGAAGUUACUAACUUCAGUUACAGACAUGCUAAAGUUUUUGAUAAUCAAGAAUUAAGAUAUAAAUUGUUGAUUAUUAUAUAAACAAUAGAAAACACAAAUGCUAUCUCUUAUUAUCAAAAAAUAACGAAAACCAUUCUGAGAAACGAUAUUACUUUAAAUUUAAUUAAUUAAUAUUACCUUGAUACUGAAAAAAUCUUUUAUGUAUUUGAAAUGGAAUAUUAUGAUUAAUCCUUAGAAAACUUUGAGAAAUAAUACCUACUCAAUCGUCAAACUAUUAAUUCUUUGAAACAGGAAAUUUAUACUUACUUCGAAGGAAAUCUAAAUUUAGCGCAUAAUUUUGAAGACACAGGAUAUGGAGAUUAUCUUGAAUUUUAUGUUAUGUCACUAAAUUAAGAUAAAAUCCAAAUUAAACUUAAUUUGAUUAGUCCUUUUAUUGAAAAGUAAGAAAUUGAAACUAAUCAAAAUUAAGACCAAUAAGAUGACCAACAAGUAGAUGAAAGUGAAAAUUAAAAUUCUAAUGAAAGUGAAAAUGAAAUUCAAAUUGAAGAUGAUGAUGAAGAUUAAAAUUAAGUUGAAGAAGAAGAAGAAGAAAAUGAAAAUGAAUCCUAAAUUAUAAAUGAAAGUGAAGUAGAAGAAUAAGAAGAAAGUGAAGAUUAAAAUUAAGUUGAAGAUGAAAAUGAAGUAGAAGAAGAAGAAAAUGAAAAUGAAAAUGAAUCCCAAACUGAAAAUGAAAGUGAAAUAGAAGAAUAAGAAUAAUAAGAAAGCGAAAUUCAAAUUGAAAUUAAAGAAGAUGAUGAAGAUUAGAAUUAAGUUGAAGAUGAAAGUGAAGUAGAAGAAUAAGAAAAAAAUGAAAUUUAAACUGAAAUUAAAGAAGAAAAUAAACUUGAAAUUGAUGGAGAUAAUGAUAUAGAAGAUGAGGAUAAAAAUGAAAAUAAUUAUUGCAAAAAAAAAAAUAUGUAACCUGGCAAUUAAAAAUAAGUGAAGAAAAAUACAAGUUUUGAGAAAAUAAUAGAUCAUCUGCCACUAGAAAGCUAAAGUAAUGAGUUUGCUAGAAAAUAAUAAAAAUAUUUAGAUCAAAUUUAGGAUAUAAUUAACCUAGUUAAAAUGAAAAUACCCAAAAAAGAUCUUUCUAAUGUGAUUUAGAAUACUUUUUCAAAUAUUUUGAAUUUUCAUCCCUUGGAAAUUUUUGAGAUCAUUUAAAAGCACCCAAACUACAAAAGUUUUGAAGUUGUAGAGUCAAAUGAAAGUAUCUUUAUCUUGAAAGUUAAUAAAGGGAAAUAAACUAUUUUGUUAGAAGGUUACAAAGCUUGCUCUGUUGAUUAUUAGUUGUUAAUUAAAAACAGUAUUUAAAUUACAAAAAUAAACCCUGAAAAUAUACUUAUUGGUAAUUAAUAUGGUAGUGAUUCAUAUGAAGAUAAUGAAAUUAGCUUGAAUCAGGAUCUAUAAAAUGCAUUCAUUAUUGAUGAGUUAAGCAUUUAACAAUUUACAACUUAAUAUACAGAAAUUUAUGAAUUUGAGCUUCAUAAGCAUGUUGUUUAAAACAAUAAUAAUGAGAGACUCUUUGUAAACACAUGA